AUGGUAACUUGGAAUUUAUUAGAAGGUACUAACCCUACCGCAGAUCAUGAUAUAGCCAAUAGUGAUUUUGAUAUCAAUAUUCUCGAUCAUGCAUUGAGCUCACCCACUAUUCCAUUAACUUUCCCACUACCUACUGAUAAGGAUACAUAUGUACCACUGGAAGGUAAUGAAAAAGUUCAAAAAAGUUUCAGUUUACUUCUUAGUUCAUUCCGAUUAUUCUUAGGAGUUGAUGUUGAUAAUAUUUAUACUAAAGCUGAAUAUCGUUAUGCUACUAAUAAAUAUAAUCUGACAUUUCAUAAAAAAUUUGAAGAAUAUAUGAAUAACAAAUUGGAAAGAGAUGACAAGAAAUUGGAUGAAUUAAUUUAUCAAUUGGUUAAUCAAGAACUUAAUUUAAAUUUAAUUAAAGGUGCUGAUUAUCAAAAACGAUUUCAAGAAGUUAAGAAGUUUAUGGUGGAUUACUAUAAGCAAGAGAAUGCAAAGAAUUUACCCGUAUUCAAAUCCAUAGAAUUUAUUCAAACUGCUUAUAUUACCGUUAUGUCGGUUAUGCGUAAAAUGUUUCCACGAGGUAUUUGGUGUUCAAGAGAUGAAUUAUCUAAACUUUAUAGGCAAUAUCUUGAUAAUCCUAUGUCCAUUGUAUUUUUACCAAGUCAUCAAACUGUUGUAGCGGGAGAAAAUUUAAAUGUAGCAGUAUUUGGAACUUUUCUUAAAAAUUUAGGAGCUAUUUUCAUUAAAAGAUCAUUUAAUAAUGAAUUAUAUACUGAAAGAAAUCUUAAUAAUGUGGUUGAAUUUUUAUUAUUAAAUAAAAUCAAUUUCGAGGUAUUUAUUGAAGGAACAAGAUCCAGAGAUGGCAAGUUAUUAUUACCUAAAUAUGGGAUUUUAAAACAAUUAACUAAUAUAUUUUUAAAACAACGAUAUACAGAUUCCAAUCCAGAAUUUGAUUUAUUAUUUCAACCUGUUUCUAUUACUUAUGAAAGAAUUUAUGAAAGUGAUGGAUAUUUAAAGGAAUUGGUAGGUAGUGAUAAAAAGCAAGAAUCUAUGACUAAUAUCUUAUAUAAUGGUGUAUCAAAUUUACUUCGUAAUAAAGAGAUUCAACCUAUUGUAUGGGGUAAAGAUGAAUAUAAUGAUAAUAGUGAAAGAACAUUAUCAGGAAAGAUAUUCUUCAAAUUAGGGAACCGAUUCCAUUUAAGUGAAUUUCUUGAACAACAACAAGCUGAAGAUUCUAAUUUCAUAUCAGGAUUACCCAAUUAUGAAAUAGUUGAUUCAGGUCAUGUAAAUCUUAAAAAGUUAGGGUUUAAGAUUUUACAUGAAAUUAAUAGAAUUAGUUAUUUACCAGAAGUAUCUAUUGUUGGAACAACUUUACAGGUAUAUUAUUAUUAUUAUUUUAAGGAUCAUUUAAGUAGUAAUAAUGGGAAACCUAUAGUGAUUAAGAUUGAAGAAUUAUUACCAGUAUUCAAGUUGGUUAGUCAAUUGUUAUACAAUGAGAAUAUUGAUUCAGUAACCAAUUCACAAAUUCUUUCAGAUGUUCUAACCAUGACUGAUAAAGAAAAGAUUGAAUUAAUUAGGGAUCAGAUUAUUGACUUCUUUCGAUUCAUUCAAGUUCAUAAGACUAAGAAUAUUAUUCGAGUAAUUAAUCCUAUUGAAUUGUUGUACUAUAAAAAUCUUUCUAUCCAUUUAAUUAUUCAGAGAUGUUUGAUUGGAUUUAUUGUAUUAUAUUUAAAUGAUGCUGGUAUUGAAUCCAACCAUAUUAUAGUAACUAAGAUCUAUUAUAUCUUAACUGGAUUUUUAAAGAAUGAAUUUUUAUUUGACUAUAAUUAUAAUGAACGGUAUGAAUUAACAUUUAUCUUAGAAGAUUUUGUUAAACAGGGUGUAUUAAAGGAGUCAAUUAAUGAUGAUGGAAUCAUAUCAUUUGUCAUUAGUGAUAAACAAUAUCUUCAAAUGUUAGCUAAUCUUGCUAUUCCAUUUGUUGAAUCUUAUAGUUUAUUAAUUGAGAAUAUCUUUAGUCUUACUAAUUCCAAAGCUUCAAAGUAUGAAUCAGAGAAGAAAAAGCUUGAAGCGGGCCAGGGAGAAAUUAAUAUUCAUGAUGAAGAUGAUUUGAAGUUCCCUGAUACUAAGGGAUUAUUGAAGCAUGUUAUUGGAAGAUAUCAUGAUCGGAAGACCAAUACCAUCAAAGGCAUUAUAUCAUUAGAAUCAAUCAAUAAGCAAUAUUUAUUAUCAGAUUUGUACUAUUUAAAUAAUUUACAAGUGAUUGGAAUUGUUAAGAAUAAAGCCAAGACUAAAGCAUAUGUUAAAAUUCUCAAUGAACGAGAUUUGAGAAUUUUACAUCAAUUCCUAUUACAAAUAUUAGGUAAGGUCAGUACGAGUCAGAACCAUUUAAUUAAGAAUGAAAUUAAUCUUAACUAUGUAAUUGAUAUUAUUGAUAAGAGAUUUAAUCGAGACUUUGAUGAAAUCAGUGGUAGGAGUAAGUUAUAGUAUGUAAAAGUUAGAGUAAAAUGUAUAAGUUAUAAAUGUAUGAAAUUUCGCAGCUACUGGUCCGAC